AUGCCCACAAUCAAGGCUGUUAAGGAUCCGAAGAAUCCAACUUUGAAAUACUUAACUGUGAAGUUGAAGGAAAUUCAGUUGUCUUUUGCUGAUGUUUGGGAGUUUGUCGAAACUUUCCAGGAAGAUGCAACUUAUGCACAAGUGUCGGUAAGAUUGUCAGCAGUGGAUGAUUUGUGGGAUAAAUUUGGUGAAGUUCUUAUUGAUAUCAAAUCACACGAAGAUUUCGUAUCUGACGUUGAAGUUUAUGAAAGAGAACGGAAGGAGUUCAGUGAUCGCUACUAUUACGCUAAAUCAUUCUUGAUGGAUAAGGCGAAGGGUCGUUCGGAAUGUUCAGAGCUUAAUCAAUCCAUUCAUGUUAGUGAUCAUAGUCAUUCUGGUGGUUUUGAUCAUGUUCGGCUUCCACAAAUUAAGCUGCAGUGGUUUAAUGGUAACAUAGAUGAAUGGCUCGGGUUUCGCGAUCUGUUUAUUUCGCUCAUCCAUAACAAGCAGGAUUUGCCGGAGGUGGAGAAAUUCCACUAUUUGAAGGGAUGUCUUCAGGGUGAACCGAAAUCUUUAAUUGAUCCUCUUCAAAUAACAAGGGCUAAUUACAUCGUUGCAUGGGAUAUGCUGUUAAAGCGUUACAAUAACAGCAAGCAAUUAAAAAAGCGACAAGUUCAAUCGCUGUUUAAGUUACCUUCGUUGACUAAGGAGUCUGUGUGUGAAUUGCUUCAGUUAUUGGAAGGGUUUGAGCGAAUCGUGAACACGUUGGAUCAGGUGUUGGAACCUACUGAUUACAAGGAUCUGUUGCUUGUGAAUUAUCUUGUUUCUCUUUUGGAUCCAAUCACGCGAAGAAGUUGGGAGGAGGAAUCAGCUUCAAAGGAACAAGAUGUGUUGGCUGAUUUGACUGGUUUUCUUCAUCGAACUUCCCAUAUGGCUCGGGAAUGUCAGUCUAAGUUUUUGUGUCGGAAUUGCGGAGGACGCCAUCACACACUGGUGUGUUUUAAGGGCAAGGAAGGAGAAAAUCCGGAAUCGUCGAGGUCAGGCGAAACCAAUGGCACUUCUAAGAGUGAUCAAUUGCGAGGAGAGUCAUCAUUUCGGAUUUCUAACCCAGCUUCAUCAACAUGCCUAUCAUCGGGUGUUGAGCGCAUGGCUAACGGUCGGGUUCUCUUAGCAACUGCGGUGGUCCACUUGGAAGAUGAAUUGGGAAACAGAUAUCCAGCUCGUGCGCUGCUUGAUUCGGGGUCAGAAAGUAAUUUCAUGUCGGAAAGAUUGAGUCAGCGUUUGACGAUGAGUCGAAAAAGGGUAGAUGUGGCGAUACUCGGCAUUGGUCGGACAUCUACAAGAGUUAAGCAAAAGGUUCAAGCGGUGGUGCGCUCGAGAGUGAACAGCUACUGUAAGGAAAUGGAAUUCCUGGUCCUACCCAGAGUAACUGUUGAUCUUCCCACUGCUACGGUAUCAACCGAUGAAUGGUCAUUCCCAGAUGGAAUUGUGUUGGCGGAUCCAUCAUUUUUCGAGUCGAAGGUGGUGGAUGUAGUGUUGGGAAUUGAAUCGUUUUUCGACUUCUUCGAAACGGGAAAACGAAUUUCCAUCGGUGAUCAAUUACCAACACUUACGGAGUCAGUUUUUGGUUGGGUCGUUUCUGGAGGUUUAUCGCAAUGUACAUCAGCACGGAUUGCUUGCAAUGUUUCAUCAACAGAGUCUCUUGAAACUCUUGUCGCUCGGUUUUGGGCUUGUGAGGAGCUAGGUUCGGAAAACCUAUACUCACGGGAGGAAAGGCAUUGCGAAGACACUUUCCAGAAAACGGUAAAGAGAGACAGCAAUGGAAGGCACACGGUCUCUCUUCCUAAGAAUGAGGAGGUUUUUCCUAAAUUGGGCGAAUCAAAAGAAAUAGCACUACGGCGUCUGGGCGCAACUGAGCGUAGGCUAGCUAGAAAUGCGGAUUUGCGGGAGCUGUAUACGAAGUUCAUGGAAGAAUACAUACAGCUAGGUCACAUGGAAGAAGUCGAGGAAGCUUCCGAUAUCAAACGUUGUUUUUUACCACACCACCCAGUCGAAAAGGAGGAUAGUACUACUACUAAAUUGCGUGUUGUAUUCGAUGCUUCAUGCAAAACCACUACUGGAGUCUCACUGAACGAUGGAUUACUAACAGGUCCAGUAAUCCAGGACGAUCUUCGGGCAAUUAUACUCCGCUGUCGAAUGCGUCAGAUUAUGGUCGUCGCAGAUGUUGAGAAAAUGUUUCGCCAAAUCAACAUAACAAGAGAAGAUCGUCCACUACAGUCAAUUUUAUGGAGAAGGUCCCCAUCGGAGCCAGUCAAGACGUUUGAGCUGAAGACGGUAACAUACGGCACCAAACCUGCUCCGUUUUUAGCAACACGCACCUUGAAGCAGUUAGCAUUGGAUGAAGGGGAGAGGUUUCCCUUGGCAUCAAAGGUAUUUUCGGAAGAUACGUACAUGGAUGAUGUAGUAUCAGGUGCAGAAGAUGCAAAUGCAGCCCUCGAACUGCGAAUUCAGUUGGAUAAAGCUGCAAGAGCUGGAGGAUUUCGGUUGCGAAAAUUCGCAUCAAAUUGUUUAGAGGUCCUGCAAGGACUACCACAAGAGAGUGUAGCCAUUAAAGAAGCUUCAGACGGAUCGGACAUAGAUCCCUCGAUGAAGGUCCUUGGGCUCACUUGGUUGCCGAAAUCUGAUGUCUUCAUGUAUCAUUUUAACAUUCCCGAAAUUCCUAAAUCCACGGUUCUAACUAAACGGAAGGUGCUGUCGGUAAUUGCAACGCUCUUCGACCCGUUAGGACUCCUAGGUGCUGCAAUAACAACUGCAAAAAUAUUUAUGCAGCAGUUGUGGACCUUGCGGAAUAAUGACGACCAAAGAUUGGACUGGGAUCAGCCAUUACCUCCAACGGUGGGUGAGGAUUGGCUGAAGUACUACGAACAACUAGGUUCACUAAACGGAAUUCGUAUUGAACGGUGCAACAUUAUCCCAGGAGCUAUUUACAAGGAGAUUCACUGUUUUUCAGAUGCUUCGGAGAAAGCAUAUGGUGGUUGCGUUUACUUAAAGAGCAUUAACUCUGAUGGAGAGGUUAAAAUUUGUUUGUUGUCGGCGAAAUCGAGGGUAGCUCCGCUUGCAAGUCAGUCGAUUCCCCGCCUAGAGUUGUGUGGUGCUCUGUUAACGGCUGAACUAUUCAAUUUCGUAAAGGAUGCUAUGAAAUUUGACUGUCCAGUCUAUUUUUGGACAGAUUCAACAUGCGUGUGGCGAUGGUUACAAGCUGUUCCAUCUACUUGGACUACCUAUGUGGCAAAUCGAGUUGCCAAAAUACAACAACUUACGGAAGGGUUUGAAUGGAGGCAUGUCCCAGGCGUUGACAAUCCAUCAGAUCUUAUUUCUCGGGGUAUUCCACCGGCAGAGAUUGGUCAAAAUCGCUUGUGGUGGGAAGGUCCUUGUUGGUUGGCGCUAGACAAAGAAAACUGGCCAGAACUACCGGCUAACCACUUGGCGGAAAUUGGUGAUGAAGAAAGGCGUCGAACUACAGUCACAGCAUUAGCAACAAACAAUUCAGAGCAUGAGUCGGAUUUCAAUCGUUGGUAUUUUAGUUUGUAUUCCGAUUACACUAAAAUGGUCAGAGGUACAGCAUAUUUGUUGAGGUUGAAAAAGCUGUUAAAAUCCAAACGUCAAGUCAAAUUCCAAGCUUUUCUACAGUCAGCUGAAAUGGAAGAAGCAGAAAGAGCUUUAGUCAAAUGUGUCCAAAAAGAGUGUUUCGCUGAUGAGUUGAGAGUUUUAUCUAAGGGCGAAUUUGUGUCAAGACAAUCUAAACUAAGAUGGUUCAAUCCCAAAAUAUUCUCCGAUGGUUUGUUGAGAAUUGGUGGUAGAUUGAGCAAUUCGUCCGAAUCAGAAACUGCAAAACACCCGGUUGUCUUACCAGCUCGUCACAACUUUACUCGGCUAAUAUUAGAGCACUUCCAUCGGCGAUUAUUACACGCUGGCCCUCAGCUGCUUUUAGCAACGGUUAGAUUGAAAUUUUGGCCCUUGGGUGGCAGGAGCGUGGCUCGUCAGAUUGUACAGAAAUGUCACACCUGUUUCAGGGCUCGUCCCACACCGAUUCAACAGUUUAUGUCAGAACUACCAGCUUCACGCGUAACGGUUUCGCGUGCAUUCUCUAGAACAGGAGUGGACUAUUUCGGUCCGCAACCAUGGUCUGCAAACAUCAAGUCAAGGGUGGUCAACACUUUGGCACAAAACUUCCACCCCAGAGUAGAGCCGGUGCUGGUAUAUUAA